UGAUGUGCUAAAUGUAUGGCCCCAAAUGGUAAAUGUUUUGGAUUCUGGCUGUCAUAAAAGAGGAAUCGUUGAGCCUUAGAUUUUCCGUUUAUCUUUCAACCUUUUAGAAGUCAGACGUUACCGUAGAUUACAUAUCGAAGAACUGCCCAGCAUUUCUCGGUGGUGGCUGCCCAUAUGCCAAGCUUGCCCAAGAAAAGAAAGGCAUCUGUGCCAAAUGUCCUCCUUUCAACAAUGGCUGCCCUUUCAAACAAUGCAAGACCGUGGGUGAGCUUCAAGACAUGAUGGGUCAGAUGCGUGACCAGUGCAAAGGCGAAGCUCAAUGGAUCGAGUUUUUAAAGGAUGUCGUCUUUCUUAGUAAGGAAAAAAACGUAGAGUACGGAACUGUCUCCCCUCCAAGCUUCUUCAAGGGUGGCUGCCCAUUUGCCAAAGACACUGCAGGAAUGGAGAUUUUGAAACCUGCAUACACUGUGUAUCCAUAUUCUUUGACGGUUGAAGAGAUCGUCAAGAAGUGCCCAGUUUUUGGCAAAGGUGUGUGCCCGUAUAAAGGUCUUGCUGAUGAAAUGAAAGGAAUUACCGGAAACUGCCCUGGUUUCAAACACGGAUGUCCUUUCAAGAACCUGACAACCAUGGGUGAGUACGUGGGAAAACUGGCCGAAAUGCGAGAUACGAUAGGCACUCCUAAGGGUCGAGCUGCAUUCGAGAAGUUGGUGAAGAGGGUUCAUGAGAUCUCCAAGGAGGCUGAGAAGGAGGCUGGAGCUUGGCCAUUCCCUCCAGGUACCUGCCCAAUCUUUGCCCGUGAUGCACAUGGAAAGCGCAUCAUGCCAAAAUACAAUUAGGCUUCCUCAGAGUGGAAGAAGAAGGAUCUGACUGAGGCAACUAGCAUUUAAGUAGUUUUUUUCAGAAAUGAAUUUUAAUUUCAUGUCGUUGUCUUGUUUAAGAGUAGGUUUUUAAGUCAGUCAGUUUCCUCCCGAUAUUUUAACUUUUAGAUAUAGGUUGUGGUGUUGGGAUCUUUAUUGAUUGAGUGAGAAGCCUCGGUAUAAGAUGAGAUGAUGAGAUAGGUAUGAAAUUAUCUAUGGAGAGCUCCCGCUCAUUCAGCCGGGCUGUAACGACCCCGUUCCUCAGUGUAGUGUAUGGAACUGCCUGAGUAAGUGAUGCUACUUUGUGGUCUUUUGUUUGCUUCUAGAUGUUUCGGUGUUGGGCUUUUUUUGAAGAGCUUUUUUUGACUUAUUUGGCAAUAAACAACUCCCCUCCCUGUUUUCAAAGUGUUUAUCCUAUAACGAGACUAACGUAGGGAUUUCCAGGUCAUUCUUUGGUCAUAAUUGCAUCUGAUCUUGUCUUCAAGCGCAGCUUCAACGCUGUAACAGUGUUCAACCUUUUACCUAGGAAUAUAAUAACAAUAAAGCUCUUCUCUUUGGGGUUUUAAAAUGAUUGUCACGUUUAAUUUGUGGUGAUUUAACCUCGACAACUUACUUCUGCAUAGGGUUCUUAAAGGAAAAUUAACAUGAAAUUAU